AGAAUUUACACUGUAGCGUCAAAGUGCUUCCGCUUUGAAAGGUUGCGAGUCAUUCCAAAAUGGCGGCUCCCAUGGAGUUGUAUUGUUGGAAAGGCGACUAUGGCUUACCCUCGGUCGAUGUGGAUUGUUUAACUGUUCUGGCUUAUGCCAAGUUUGCAGGCGCUCCACUCAAAGUUCACAAGAUUACCAACCCAUGGAGAAGCCCAACAGGUACGCUGCCUGCACUGAGGACCAAAGAAGAAGGCAGUUUAUCACAGCCGAGUAAAAUCAUCAUCCAGCUCAGGAAGCAGAAAUAUAAUGCAGAUUACGAUCUCUCGGCUAAAGAGGGCGCGGACACGCUCGCCUUCGUCUCCUUGCUGGAGGAGAAGCUGCUGCCUGCGCUGAUUUACACACAGUGGGUCGACGCUAAAAACUACGUGGACGUGACGCGGCGCUGGUACGCUGAGAACACGUCCUUCCCACUGAACUUCCUGCUGCCCGGCCGCAUGCAUUCGAGACAGAUGGAGAGGCUGAGACUGAUCAGAGGAGACGCCGUCCUGGAGCCCGAGGAGCAGCUGGAGAAAGAGCUUUAUCAGGAUGCGCUGGAGUGCAUGACUCUCCUCUCGCAGAGACUCGGCUCACACAAGUUCUUCUUCGGCGACUCCCCGUCCUCACUGGAUGCCUACGUGUUCGGUCACCUGGUUCCUCUGCUGAAGAUUAAACUCCCCAACGCUAAACUCCAGCAGCACCUGAACUCCCUGGAGAACCUGACGCAGUUCUGCUCCAACAUCCUGCUGCUUUAUUUUCCCUCAGACAGCCGAGAAGCUCAGAGCAGAAAAGCUCCCGUUCACACCGACGGCGGCGGCGACUUCAAUAACGAGCCGCACAAACGCCGUAACCAGAUCCUGUCAGUGCUGUUCGCCGUGGCGGCCAUGUUGGGUUACGCCGUCCUCAGCGGCAUCGUCACCAUCCAGAGCUCGCGAUCGGAGCUGGGCGAGCCUCAACGUGAAGACAGAGACGAGCAUGAUGAUGAAGAAGAAGAAGAGUGACUUUAAAAGAAAAACUAUAAGAAAACUGAAUAUUCUGAACGAAUCUGGAUUCCCGAGCGCCGCUAUUAAAGUAUUUCUGAGCUUGUUUCCUCAGCAAGACUCACACUGGUGCUCCUGUUGGUGCGUUUUUGUUCUGUUUUGUAAAAUCAGUUAUAAAAUCUGUUCGAGAGCGAGAUCUUCCUGUCCGAUCUCUCAAUCGGAUCUGUCUGAUCUAACGCUUCUUCUUUUUUUUUUUGGAGCAAAUCUCCAUAUAUUUUUCAGCUCUCAUUAAAGCGGAUGGAUGUUUUUUUCAUGAUCUGAUUAAUUGAUUUGUUCGUGUCUGAUUAAAUGUUCUGUAUCAAAAGUUUUUCCCAUCUUCCGAAUUAGCGAGUUUCUUGCUAGCACCACAUUCACUAGCUGGAGUUCUUGCUAACUAGCUAGCAGAAUAAAGUUCCGACUGCUGUC